UGUCGCUCUGCAGAUUCCCCAUCUUUCUCGAUUUCGUCGGAUUAUCUUUCGAGCUCCGCUUGUUCUGUCCGCAGAAACUCCAGCUCUUCCGAGAGCUCGCGUCGACACUGAGCGUUCCGCGUCCUCUUGUCUCUUCCUUCUCUCUGUGUCCCUAGCUCUUCGCGUCUCCCCACGACGUCGCUCUUUCCUCGCCAAUUCUCGACCUGAAGAAAACAGAUGGUUUGCUUGGCCUGCGCCUCUCCCUAGAAACGGCCGCCUCCCUUCUCUGUCUGCGUUUUGCCGCGUUCUCGACCCUUUUUAUCCUCCUUCUUCACCGCCGGACCCCCCCUCCUCGCCUAUCCCUGCUUCUCGCUCUUGUUCUCGCUCUUGUUUCUGUGUGGUUCUCGUCGCUGCUGUUUCUUUUCCAGCGACUCGCGGUUCGUGCGCUGCAUGCGGCCUGGCGUCUUCUCGCGGGGCUUCUGUCGCCCCGGGACUCUUUUCUCUCCCUUUUCGUUGCUUUUCAGCUCGCUUUGGUGGACUUUGUGGACCAGGCCUUCGACGACUCUCGCCUUCCGAGCGUCCGUCCCCCGCUUCUCUCGCGGCACAGCAUGCAGAGCAACUGACGCCUUCCUCGUCCCUGAGCUCCGCGUUGAGUCCUCGCUCUUGCGCGGCUGUGCAUCUUUUCGACCUUUCGCCUCCACGUCUCUCGGCCGACAAGGCCUCGGAAACUUUCCAGGAAUUCAAAGCCAAGCAUCAAAGACUCUGCGCUUCCCGGGGAGCUCUUUCUGCCAAGUGAGCGCAUGCAAGAUGGCGACUAACAGCGACGUCUCGGUCCUGAGCGCCGAAGAGCAACGGCGCGAGGCCAAGGCCCUACAAAAACUCGAGGAACUCGGAAUCGGCUACCAGCUCCACCGUCAUGCGCCGGUCGCGACGGUCGAUGCCAUGGUGAAGGCCUCGUUUCGCGACAAGGGCGUCAUCGCUGCGAAUCUGUUCCUGAAGGAGAAACAAAGAUUCUUCCUCCUCACAGUGACUCACGAUUUGCCUAUUCCUCUCAAAGGGAUCGCGAAAUUGCUGAGCGCACCGCGCAUGCGCUUGGCGGACGAGGAGCUUCUCGGCCCGAUGCUCGAUGUCUCCAAAGGCUCCGUCACGCCUCUCGCGGCGAUGUGCGACGAAAAGAAGGAAGUGACUCUCGUCUUCGACAGUGCCAUGAAAAAGAAUCCCGACCUCGUCGUCCUUGUCCAUCCUCUCCACAACAAGGCAACCGUUGCUCUCAAAGCGUCGGACCUCGUCAAGUUCGUUGAAGCUUGCGGGCACUCUGUCAUGUGGCUUGACGUAGAUGAGGCAGUGAAACUCGCUGCAGCUCCAGCUGGAGGCGCAAACAAGCCAAACGCGCCUGCAGGCAAGGCCCCGGGGGCGAAGGAGGCCGUGACCGAUUCGAGCAUGUUGGGAGUGACAGCGAAGAAAGACGAAAAUUUCUCGGAGUGGUACACGCAGGCGAUUGUAAGAAGCGAAAUGAUCGAGUACUACGAUAUCAGCGGCUGCUACAUCAUGCGACCCUGGGCGUUCCACAUUUGGGAGAAGGUUCAGCGUUUCUUCGACGACGAAAUCAAGAAAAUGGGAGUUGAAAACUCGUACUUCCCGAUGUUUGUCUCUCGGCACAAGCUGGAGAAGGAGAAGGACCAUGUCGAAGGUUUUUCACCAGAGGUAGCGUGGGUGACGCACUACGGCGACAGUCCUCUUCCUGAGAAGAUUGCGAUUCGUCCGACCUCAGAAACCAUCAUGUACCCUGCGUAUGCGAAGUGGAUUCGCAGCCACAGAGACCUUCCCCUCAAACUCAACCAGUGGUGCUCCGUCGUGAGGUGGGAAUUCAAGCAGCCGACGCCGUUUCUGCGGACGCGCGAGUUCCUCUGGCAGGAAGGCCACACGGCGCAUGCAACGGAGGAAGAAGCCUGGGAACUUGUGCUUGAUAUUCUGGAACUCUAUCGACGGUGGUACGAGGAAUGCUUGGCUGUGCCCGUGAUCAAGGGUGAGAAGUCCGAGGGUGAAAAGUUCGCUGGAGGCAAGAAGACGACCACAGUCGAGGCAUUCAUCCCUGAAAAUGGCAGAGGCAUCCAGGCUGCCACCUCGCAUCUGCUCGGCACGAACUUUGCCAAGAUGUUUGAGAUCGAGUUCGAAGACGAAGAGGGUCACAAGCGCUUGGUGCACCAGACCAGCUGGGGCUGCACCACUCGAUCUCUCGGUGUGAUGAUCAUGACGCAUGGCGACGACAAAGGUCUCGUCAUCCCUCCUCGGGUGGCUUCUGUGCAAGUCGUUAUCAUUCCGAUUCUCUUCAAGGAUGAAAACACCGGAGAAAUUUUAGGCAAGUGCAGAGAGCUGAAGACUAUGUUGGAGAAGGCGGACAUCCGAGUGCGCAUCGACGACAGAUCGAACUACACGCCAGGGUGGAAGUACAACCACUGGGAGGUCAAAGGAGUGCCUCUGCGUCUCGAGCUUGGCCCGAAGGACCUCGCGAAGGGCACUGCGCGGGUGGUGCGGCGAGACACCGGCGAGGCGUACCAGAUCAGCUGGGCCGACUUGGCGCCGAAGCUUCUGGAGCUGAUGGAAGGCAUUCAGCGCAGUCUCUUCGAGAAGGCCAAGGCGAGACUCCACGAAGGCAUCGAGAAGAUCUCGACCUUCGACGAAGUGAUGCCUGCGCUGAACAGAAAGCAUUUGGUGCUCGCACCUUGGUGCGAAGACCCCGAGUCUGAGGAGCAGAUCAAGAAGGAGACGCAGAAGCUCUCUGAAAUCCAGGCCAUUGAGGCGGGUGACUCGGAGCAGGUGAUGACAGGCGCGAUGAAGACGCUGUGCAUUCCUUUCGACCAGCCUCCGAUGCCAGAGGGAACGAAAUGUUUCUACACCGGGAAGCCGGCGAAGCGCUGGACUCUCUGGGGUCGCAGCUACUAGGCGCAUGCUGCUCGGUGCGCGUGCGGUGCUCCUUUCCCGGGAGAUGCUUCGAGACGUUUGAGGAAAAGAAUGCUCUGUCGGCUUGAAAAAUCGCUUGAGGACUCGACAAACACGACAGCCUUUCUCGAGUGAGAAACCUAUGCGAGAUAGGUUUUCGGUGGGCAUCGAUCUCAACAUGUCUGUUGUGGUGGUGGUGGAAGCGUAUCUAUCGAUUUAUGUGUGUGUAUGUAUCCAUGUGUGUGUGUAACUGUAUGCUUAAUGUAGAUGCAGUGUUGAGGUAAAGGUGCAUGCGUCUUGGAUUUUGACGAGGAGACGGCGAGACUGGAGAGAGAGGAUGUGGUGGGGGGGAGGGGGUUUUGCGGUUGAGGCACCGCAGGGGCGCGGGGAGAAGCGGCUUUUGUGAAAGAGUACAGUGACAUGCAAGAAGCUUGCGGGCGCAGGCUUCGAGACACACCCACACAAAAGAAGUCUUCGUAGUCUGCGUUUUCCGAACGCUUGUGCGUCUGCGCGCUCAAUAGCCGAGCUCUGAGAGAGUUCGAACUGCUUUGUCUCUGAUACAUUGUUGAGCCAAGACAUUUUGCUUGUUUUUCUUGUGGGGGGCCUCGUGGAAGUAUGCUGGUCUCGGUCAUGGACACAGAUAGGUCUUUUCGAACGUCACCAGCAGAAACUGGCUCUUG